CAGAAUGGUGGCCGUUGGCAUAGGCGAGGUGGCUUCCGGGCUGAUUUUACUGAUGAUUUUAUCGUUUAUGGCGUUCUCGACGCUAACCGCAACAAUAAUUUCAGCCGUUUCACUGUUGAUCAGCUAUUUUUUUAUGUCAGUAAAGAGGCUGAUAUCAAUGGUCUGAUAAAAGUAUUGUUUUGUCUAAUUAAUAUUUCGAAAAGUAGAUGUGCGAAACAUCACAGCGAAUAUUGGAAACGACGAGGUGUGCCUGCACCUGAAGCAAACUACAUAUUCGGUAAUGUUCUGCAGAUGCAACGGAAAGGUUUUAAGCAGUACGAUCUGGAAAACAUGAAGAAAUAUGGUGGUUAUUGGGGGGGAAUGUUUCUGAAUUAUCCAAUGUUGGAUAUUUGCGAUUUGGAUAUGUUAAGAAAAGUGUUGAUCAAGGAUUUUGGCACUUUUCAAAAUCGCAUGAUGGAUGAUUUUUUUGCUGGUAGUUCACCGAUUCGACUGCAUAUGCUGAACACUUUGAAGGAUGCCCAUUGGAAGAAUGUACGAAAUAUCAUAACACCUGCUUUUACAACCGGUCGAAUUAAGAAGCGUCAAAUUUUACAGAUGAUUCCAAUUAUGUCAAGAUGCAUCGAUGAAACAGAGGCGAUUAUCAACGAAGCUAUAGUGUCAUCGAAUAGUAUUAUUGAUGUGAAAAGGUCAGUAUUCAGAUAUUUUCUAUUCAGCAACAUGGGAAUGGACAUAAUCGCUCAAGUUGCGUUCGGUGUUGUGUUGAGCACGCAACGAGAUACCAGUUCUGACUUCACUCGUUAUGCGAAGAAACUAUUCGAUGUGUCACUAGUAGAUUUUCCGUUACUGCUUAUGGCUUUAUUUCCGAACGUAACGCGAUUCGUCGAGAAGAAUUUCAACUACCAGUUUGUUGGGAAUCAAUGUGACACGUUUUUUGAGGAAUUAUUGCGCAAAAUAGUCAAAGAACGUCGCAGCAAUCCACGUAAAUUCGCCUACUUCUACAAGGACAGUAUCAAAUUUUGGCUGAUUUGGAGUUCAUUGGGUUCAUUGCUGCGGCCGUUCAUUCGUGAGGAAUUAUGGCCACUACAGGGAGUAAUGAAACGGACGAUGGCCAUCAUGAGGUUACCCACAACGCUAUCGGUCACGUUGAAAAAGUAUGCAUAG